CAAAAGUUUCUGUAAGUCUCAAACAAAGGUUUUGUGAGCUCAACGUCUCUAUUGUCACAGAAAAAAUAUUAUCAUUUGGUAAAGGAAAAGCAUCUUUUAAAAAUGUAAAAUUAAAUUCUAAACUAUUAACCUUGGCUGGAAUGCAUGACUUCAAAGGAUUACUUAAUGAAUUAUAUGAAGUUAUUUUAGAUUGA